AUGUCCGACCCAGCCUUUGUCCAGCUGCUGGACAUGGGUAUCCCAGGUGGACGAGCUAGAGCUGCGUUGAAAAGGACAAAAGGGGAUGUUAUGUCAGCUGCCGAAAGAGUCUUUGCUGGUGAAUUCGAUGAUAUACCUUCCGACGAUGAGGAGGAAGUAUCCAACAAAGCCAGCUCGAGCAAAGGCAAGGCAGUGAUUGUGGUGGAAGAUAGUGAUGAAGAUAUGGGGGGAAGUGACGCCGAGAGCGGGAGCGAGGAGGUUCUGGUAGAUGGGUUCGAGGAUGACGGUGAAAUACCAGAAGACAAACUUCUUUCCGACCCAUACGCUGGUGUAUUCUUUUCCAAAGACCGAAUAGAAAAAGUGAUCGAACCUGUAGAGGAAGCUAAGCAUAUGAAGAUAUCAGCAUCAGCAGGAAGUCCUUAUGACGUAGAGAUCUUAGGCAGGGGUGAAUGGAUGUCUGGAUGUCCCGAAGGAAAUGAACAGAGUUUCCUCUUCCAGCUUUACUCGAUGUUGGCUGAAGGGCAUAUGGGCUGUUCUGCUGGAUGUGGAUAUCAGUUUAAGAGGAAACAGGACGAUUUCUUCGUUCUUUUCCCUGACUUUCCCGCAUUCACCACUUAUCUAAGCAGCAAAAUCCGACCAACAUGUCCUCAAUGUCAUCAAAUCACCUGUCUGGCAUGCGGUGAAAAGGUGGACCGUAACGGCAAGCAAUCGGAAGACAUUCUGCUGCAUUGUCCUAACCUUCAAGGUAUAAUCCUAGGAGUCGGACUGCACAUGAUUGAACAAGCCUUCUCGGAGGGUAGUGACAAUAGAUCUUUGUCUUCCAGCGCUUGCAGCACUGCAAACGGCCCUCCCGUGAAGAAACACAAACCAUCCCUUGGUGGAUUGACGAAAAAUAAGAAUAGCACAGACGAAGCGGACGGCACGUUGGAAGAUGAUCCAUAUUCUUCGGGUCUGGGCUUAGUACAAAAGGUGGUCAAUAGAGGUAAAGGUUCCGCUAAAGGUACAGGAUACGAUGGAAGUGGAGUAGAGGACCGUACAGGUCAACAAAAGGCUGAAAAAGCUCAAAUUGCUUCGGAUGCUAAGACCGCUCUUCUCCUUUCGCAAGUUCGGGCAUUCUUACCUGACCUGAAUAGACCGGGAGGUGCGAGAACUUCAGAUCAUCUUGUCCAUCCUACCGCUUUGGCGCAUCUGAGAAGGAGAAGUGCCUUCGUGAACGAUCUUUUGAGGAAUGAUUCUCUCUUGGAUAUGUCAAAAAGAUCAGAUCUAUACAGAGCGUUAUUCGAUUGGCUAGAGAUCGUAUCGAACCAUGAAGCUUUAGCUAGUAUGUUGGCUAUGCCUCAAAUGCGACCUAUCUCAAAUGAACCUUUGCCCCAAGAUCCUUGUUCUGUUAUUGUGACCUACGAAGGCGCCUCAUCACCUAGGGAGUUAUUGGAGAAUUGCGUUAUACAAGCUCAAGCAGCUUUGAAGGGGUUACAAUCUGUUGAUAAUGUAUCUAAAUCCUCUGAAGAUGUGAUGAUGACGGAAGAAGAUCUGAGAAUAAGUAAAGCUGAAUUAGCGAGAAGGGAGAGAGAAGAAAAGCAGGAAGAAAAACAGGAUUCUAAUUACCAAUUGAGAAGUUUCUGCGAACGUAUCGUUGCUUCGGCUCGAACCAUCGAUAAAUCCUUGAUUGAGACUAAAGGUAAACCCUUCGUGGAUAGGAUGAGGGAGUCAUUGCCUAGACUACCAGAGACUGGUGUAUCAGUAGAGGAGAAGGUAUCUCAAGGUCAAAAUGAUGAAUCUACCACCAAGAUAUACGAGGAAUGGGCAGGAAGAGCAAGAUUCCAGUAUUGCGACUUAACGGAAGAAGCUACGUCUACAAGCGAUAAGAUGGUUUAUAGACAUGCUUUCAACGGAUCGAUACAAUCGCUGGAAGGGAUGGAUAUGCCUAAAAGAUCAUUAGCGAUAGCGAAAGAAUUAGCCAUUCUCACCACCUCUCUUCCAGUCGCGUGGCAUUCGACAAUAUUCUUGAGAGUUGACGAAACUCGAGUAGACGUAUUGAAAGCUAUGAUUAUUGGACCUGAAGGUACACCUUACGAAAAUGGUUGUUUCAUAUUUGAUAUUUUCCUUCCGUUGGAUUACAAUCAACGUUGUCCGAAUGUCAAAUUUAUGACGACCAACGGAGGGAGGUAUAGGUUGAACCCUAAUUUGUAUGCUGAUGGGAAACUCUGUUUGAGUCUUCUGGGCACAUGGUCAGGACCAGGUUGGAUAUCUGGUCAUUCCACUUUACUCCAAGUUCUGAUUUCCAUACAGAGCUUGAUUUUAUGUGAAGAGCCGUAUACUAAUGAGCCUGGAUGGGCAAACGAUGCUGGUACUUCGGCCAGUAAAGCUUAUUCCGCGAAUGUCCGAAGGAUGGUUCUGGUCGAUGCUAUGGGGAAUAACAUCAAAAAUCCACCUCAUCCUUUCGAAAAUGAAAUCAGGACGCACUUCAGACUGAAAUCAAAAUCAAUCAGGCAGCAAAUUAAGAAAUGGAAAGAGCUGGACGAUGGAAAGGGCACCUCAGGUGAUAGCUUCAUGUCCUCCGCUUCGGGUGGUGACAAGAAUCGAUCGUUCGAUUCAGCUUCCAAGGAUCUGUUGAAACUCCUGGACCAGCUUGAUAGUGGUAGCUCUACUAUUUCUCCGAGUAUAGUCGAAGGUUCGACGAGUAAGGGUAAAGCAGAUGGUAAAGAUCAAGCGAAGGGAGGUAAAUUGGCGAGAACCCUCGGGUUCAAGAAGUGA